AUGUUAAUGGGACUGGCGUUUGGGCUAGACCAUAUCUCCCUUGGCUCCUGCCUGUUUCAGAUGUUCUUUAUAUACACAGCUGUGAUACUUGAGUCCACUGUGCUGAUGAUCAUGGCCUUAGACAGGUAUCUGGCCAUCUGCAGGCCCCUGAGGUAUCACAAUAUAAUGAACAACCGUUUGGUGGGACAACUUUUCCUCACUGGUUUAGUUGAGAGCAGCCUUUUCUCCUCUCCAAUUAUCAUUGUGGCUUCCCAAGUCCAGUUCUGCAGAUCCAACAUCAUCUGGAAUUUUGUUUGUGAGAACAUGGUGCUCUUGAAUCUCGGCUGUGGAGACAUCUCUAAGAUCCAAGUGGUGGGACUGAUGGUGAGGGUCCUGGUUACAGUCAUGGACAUCAGCCUUCUCCUGGUUUCAUACCUGUACAUCUUCCACUCAACAAUGAAGAUCGCUAGAGGCAAAGCCCUACACAAGACUCUGCACACUUGCAGUACACACCUGAUAGUGGUUGUGUUGAACUACAGUUGUGGCUUAUUGUCCUCCAUUUUAUACCGGAUGCCCGUUUCGGUUAAUGUCCAAAACCUUUUCAGUGCAAUAUACUAUCUGUUUCCAGCCACUAUCCACCCAAUCAUCUAUGGCUACAGAAUGAAAGAGAUCAGAAUGUGCUUAGUAAAGUCAUGGAAAAUAAAUAGAUGA